AAAAUGCUCUACCUUCGUAGCCAUGUCGGGCGAUGUCUGUUCUCAAUCUAUCGCUUCAAAUCUCACCUUUUUUAUUCAGCAGCAGCAGCAAAAGCUUCAUCUCUUGAUCAAUCUGCAUCUUCUAUAAGGACCGAAUUCGUAGAUUAUCUCAUCACCACACUCGGAUUCUCCAAAGAAUCAGCCAUUUCUUCCUCUUCAAAGAUCAAGGACUUAGUCUCGUGGAUUCCUAAAGUUUUAUUAUACAGAGCAAACGAAACCCUAGAACCCAAGAUUAGGGUUUUUCUCGAACUCGGUUUGUCUGUUCCGGAUCUAAUAAGUCUUCUCAAGAGAAACCCUAAUUUAUUUGAAUUAGGUCUACAUUCCCGAAUCGUACCAACUAUCGAUUACCUUAAGACGCUAUUAGGAAGCAAUGAAAGAGUAGUUGAAACCAUCAACAGAUCGAGAUGGUUGUUCUCCACAUCUGUUGCGUUAAAGAUGUUCUCUGCAAAUGUUAUGUUAUUGCAGAGCUAUGGUUUCUCAAAUGAGAAAAUUGGGAAAUUUGUUCAUAAGAAUGCAAGGCAUUUUACUCAAGCACCUGAAUGGCUCACAAGUAAACUGAAUUGGAUUGAGGGAAAACAAGGGAUAUCACGCGAUUCUAACGAAUUCUUUCGCUGUUUUCACGCGAUUGCUUCAAGUAGUAUUUCAGCAAUGGACAAGAAGAUGGAAAUCUACAAGAGUUUUGGGUUCUCUGAAAAUGAAUUAACCUUGUUGUUUAAGAACCAGCCUUACUGUUUUGCAUUAUCAGAGGAUACAAUUCGCGAUAAAUUGAGUUUCUUUAUGAACGAAUUAGGGUAUACAUCUUCGUAUCUAGUCACUUGCCCCAGUCUUUUCUCAUUGAGUUUGGAGAAAAGAGUGAAACCUAGGAAUGAAGUAUUGAAGAUUUUGAAAGAGAGGAUGUUGGCCGAGAGCAAGUCUUUGAUUACGCUUGUUAAUUAUCCGGAGUUGAGAUUUCUAGGUUUUCUGCGGAGUUUUGAGGACGAGAUUCCUAGCUUAUAUGAAACUUACGUCAAUAGCAUAAGGUGAAUCCAACUUGUUUCGUUUCGCGAUUCAGUCUUAGUAAGCGUUUGGUCAUAGGAAUUCUAACGGUUGAGUUACUUUGUAGCAUUAUCGUGCUUCUAAAGAAGUAUCGAAUAGUCACAUUCUUUAUAUACAUGGCCCUUUUGCUUUUUAUUAGUUUUCAAUCUAUGUAAUUGUUAACCACAAGGGUGGUGUCUGAUUUGUUUGAGCUUGGCUCUA